AAUCUAACACAAAGCGUGCAACAUAUAAUCACAGCUUCUGAUUACUCAGUUGGUUGCCCAUCUCACAUGCCGUAUAUAUACAACCAAGCAUCCACCCAUCCCCUCAUGAAGUCUUUAUUCUUGCAACGCGAUGCUACGGAUCAAAGAAGUCAAAAAGUACAACCAACGCCUGGGUUUCCCCGCCGGGAAAGAAGUGCGCAUUUGUCCGCUUCUGGAAGCUGGGAGCUUUGCGCGUGGUCCUAUCUACGUCAAGUACGGCCGGGAGCUGUCCAAGCACGAUCCAUCGUCACCGGAUCGCAUGGCUUGGAACGUGACCCUGUUCGAUACGGCGUUGAACCACCCGCAGCGACCGUGGACCGUGGUGGCCGGGGCCGAUGGCAAGCCGAUGGUGCUGGGAGUACGGAAGGAGGGGUUGGGGUUCUCGGAGGAUGAUCCUCCAAAGAGUUUGGGUGGACGGGGUGAAGAACUAGCGAGUGAGGAAUACAGUGAGGGAAAUUCGACGAUUGUUUUGGUGAAGAGUGGUGGGAAGGAUUUUGCCGUUGGUUUGGACGAUCUGAAGGAGUUGAACUCGUUCGGGAUUAGUGUCGGGAAUGGGAAGUUAUCGCUGGGGACGGGAAAUGGUGUGAUGGUGGCGACGGGAGGAGUUCUUCCGGUUGAACAGCAAGAUGGAUCAGUGGCUUACGUGGCGGUGAAUAAUGAAGCUGAGUCGGUGCUUUAUAAGUUGGAUGCAAAAGGAUUACAACCGAAGCAGAAAAUUGAUUUGAAAGUGCCAGUGAAUGCGGAGAAGAUUCUGCUUACUAAGAACAAUGAACUUCUGCAUAUUUCACCGCAAGGACUGAACGUGUAUUCCGUGCAAGGAUCGUCGUCUGUUUCCAAGUACUUUUGUCCAUAUUUCUCGUCCUUCGGAGGAUGGAAUCAGCGAUUUGUGGACACCGUAUCGUUGAUGAGCGUCGAUGAAAACCAGGAAGCUUUGAUUGGAACUGGUCCAAAGGGAAUUGAAUACAUGCCUGUUUCGGACAAGUGUAAGAACUACGUAAUCGAAGGAACGCAAGAUGCAAAACAUGCGGUAGUAACUGAGGGUGCAACAAAGACAGGAAACGAGAUCAAAAUUUUCGGUGUUUAUAAUGGUAAACUGUGUAUGCUGACCUUGGAAGCAGUGGACGUGAGUGAACCGAAGCUGGAACAAAAAUUGCCUUCCCAGACGCCAGAAAAGCUUUUCAAAGCAACGAAAAGCACAAAGGUUACCGUUCGCAGUGGAGCAGUUGGCAAACCCGUUCGUUGGUUGAGAGAUAGUCUCGAUGAAGCCAGUUUCAAGAACAUCGUUGACAAAUUGACGGGAAAAGUUCGGUUUUCGUUUCCAUUGGUGGAUCUUCAGGAUCGCAUGGGACUACCGAUCAAGCUGAUGGUGUAUUAUGACGAAACAGAUAGUGAGGAGAUGAGUGUUCUCGGCCGACACUGGACGUUGGGAAGAGAUUGCAUUGUGCUCGAUCAUGGGAAUACGGUGUUUGAAGACAAACAGGAUUACUACUUGGUGAAGGAUCAGAUGAAGAUCAAAUUGCAGCGAGAUUGGACGAAACCUGUUAAUAAUGGUAAAAUCUCAUUCAUCAUGGCUGGAAACCAAGACGCAACCAUUGUUUAUACGGCGCAGGAGGAUAAGUGGGAAAUUAGUGAUGGUAAGAUCCGGUAUGUAUAUGGAAUCAAAAACCAGGGAGCUGUCAGUGUUCCAGGGUGGAAUGACUGGUAUGGACCUUCAGCAAAGUUCGACGAAAAAACUAUGCACAGCGUUCAGUGGAAUCUGGUAGAAAUCAACAGUGUGAAAUACAGAGACCUUAAAAUUAAGUACACGUACACUCCACUUGAUCCUAGCACGAAUACAAUGCACCUACUUAGCAUAAGCGAUGAUAGUGAUAAAACGAGUAUUAAGUUUAGUUAUAAAAAUAUUGAAGGAUUAGGUAAACAGGUAGAAUCUGGGUUGGUGAAGGAACAUAAGUUUAUUAACAAUAAGUUACUGGAAAAAGUAGAAAUCGAUAGUCCAAGCACCGCACAAGUAUUGACACUAAAGAGCACAAAAAUUGAUAGUUUAUAUUACUUGCAAAGCAUCCACCAAGAGGGUGACAGCGAUCCAGUUUUAGGUUUUGAGUACUACAAGGACGACAAGCUAAAGCCAAGAGUUCAGCAGAUCCGGUUGCCUUCAAAAUCAUUGAUAGAUUACAAGUACACUAAACAGCCAAUUUCAACCGAUCGAUUCGUGCAAGAGAUCGAGAAAAUGGCAGAUUUAUACACGGGCAAUGAAUAUUCCCUUGAAAUCGAGAAAACUGCUGGCGAAAAGGAACUUUCCAUAAAGUUGAAAGAUUCUGCAGGUAGAAACGACUUCAUAAAGAAUCAAAGCAUUCGAAUAAUCAGCUACAAGAGCUUCAAAAUCGAAUCCUAUAGCCCAUUUAUGAUGCAUAACUAUAUUGCAAUGGUCGUCAGAUAUGCCGAAAAGGAUGAUAAAAUACACAACAAGAUCUACAUUAUAAACAAGGGGGAUGAUGAUUCUUGGAAACUAGAUGCCAUGAAUGGAAGUUCAAGGGUUUCAGAAGACAAAAAGUUCAAGUAUGACUUCCAAGAGGAUUCAUUUGUGUACUAUCACUCGAAAAAGGUUCACUUCGAGUACAAAAAGACUGGAAGCAAAGAAUGGACCUAUACGUCGAAGGACAUAGCCGAUGUGGAUGCACUGACUCUAAUCAACAGAGGGGCUGUCUACUGUAAGGACGACUUGUACUUGGUACGAUGGGAUGCUUUAGGAAAUCCACUGCAAAUAACGUUGAGUGAUGCGGAGAGCAAACCCGCUAUUUCGGACGUCGAAACAUUUUUUCAAUAUAUUGAUAUUCAAGGAACAUAUCCUGAGGAACAAGCAGAAUCUAAGAAGGAGGUUGAGGACUAUAAGCGCGAUCUUAAAGAGUCUCUCAAUGAAAACGGGUUGGUGUUGUACAACAAUGUAGUGGCUGUCAGAACAAUCAAGUUGAGCCAGUCCGGGAAGAUCACCGUCAAGGUAUUCCUGUAUCUCUUGAAACCUGAUUAUAGCGUGUCCAGUAGAUCUACAAUUGAACUCCAGGGCGGUGAUAUUUCAAAGUUUAAUCUUACCUUGGACGUAUUAGAUGAACAAAAAACCAAGAACACCAACGAUCUGGACAAGUAUCGUUUCGAGUUUCAGAAGCCCGGCGAAAAGUUCAAGCUGAAGUUUAUUGAGGCUACUGAUAAAGAUGGCAAGCCUACCAAACCCUCAAAUGAGAAUGAGAAUCUCAUACCUCAAUAUGAACGACGCAUGAAGAUUCCGCUGGAUUUCGAAAAGUACAUGAUGCAAGUCAACCACGACGGAAUCAUUGUCAACGAUCAGCAGAUUUUCCACGACAAUGGGAAAUUCGGUUCGCAGCCACUGGACCGAGAUACUUUAAAGCUGACGAAAUUCAAAAUUCCAUUGGGAGCGUUUUCCAAUUUCAAGAAAGACUCCGAUGGUGAUGAGAUCAAGCUUUGCACUAAGACCGAGCUGGAUCGCACGGAGAACUGUGUCAGUUUGCAGAUCAACGCGGCCCAAAAUGUUUCCAUCAAGUAUCCAUACUAUCUGGUUACACAGAAGCAAAACAAUAUCAAAGUGCUUCCGUUGAAGAUUAAUAGCCGAGGUUGGGAGGAUUCCAUUGAUUACAAUAAUGAAAUUCUUCACGGAUCUUCCAGCCAUGCAGUAAUGGUCACAACACGAAUGUCCGACCAGAAAACCAUUGUCAGACCCUUGAAAAGUUUAAAUAAAAUUAACAAGACCUUCUCGCAUGUUGUAUCAGAGGAGAAGCUAACAACUCCAUUUGAUAACUACCAGAUCAAAUACGAGUACGACGAUCCGGUGAUAUCGAUGAAUGAAGUUGCAUUUAGAACAGCAAUUGUUGUCCCAGGCGGAGACAAAACAGUCACAGGUUACUACAAAGAAACAAACGACCUUCAAUCAAAUCAACAGAUAGUACAAGUAAUGACUGCAGAAAAUCAAGUUUUCGACCCCGAGUACGUUAAACGAAUGAACGAAAUGCAACAAGAGGAAGGUAAGCAACGAGAUCGACCGCAGAUGGACGCAGAGCAAACCAUAACUGAUAAGAGCGGAUUUCAUCCCCUGUUGAAGACCACUCCUUACAGUGCCAACCAGAACAUGGUCCAAUUCUUAGGAUUUGAGGACUACGAAGACAUGACUGGCUGGACAGUUAACCAAAGGCCCAUAACCGAUGCCAACAUCCGCCGGGGUGAGUUUUCAGCCACUGGAAGAAAUUUUCUUCUGUUGAAUAAGGAUGAGGAGUUGAUAGCAGAGUUCUCAAACACAGCGUACUACGACCAUUUCAUUGCCAGUACCUGGAUAAGGACGACUCAGGAAUCAGCAGUUGGUAACAAAACGAACCUGCUUACGCUCUACAUAGACAACAAACCGAUUCAGGCAACAAUCAAGCAAACCAUUGACGAAUGGAUUUACGUUGAAGCAGACACCAAAGACACCGCCGUUUCUGAAUCAGACACAGUGAAGCGUGUAAAUUUCAAAAUCUCCGUCAAACCAACAGGAAAUGAAGAACUUCACGUAGAUCACGUUCGACUGUCGCCGGUAAACCACAAUUUUGAAGGAAGCGUGUACGACUCGCGAAUCGGUCAACGAACUACCACGAUCAAGACGAAUGGUUUUGUUUCCCGACGCUUGUUUGAUGCGUACAACCGCCGAAUAGCAGAAAUUGACGAAUCCGGGAAUAUCAAAUAUCUGGCCAGCUAUUCCAAGCGUGUUGGAACCAAAAAGGAUGAUAAGAAACGCGAAGGGGGCAACAGCUCCAGAGUCCAAAUUCGCGCCAAGCAGAGCUGGCUGGAAUCGUUCUCUCCGUACACAAUAGAGAAACGUUGGCAAAUUAGCGGCAGUACGACCGUUGAACCUUACCAAGCGAUUUUGCAGGGAACACUCUCUUUCAACCAUAAAUUUACUUCCGAAUCUGUUUGCGUUCGGUUGGUGUACAACAUGAGCGGCGAUGCACAGCUAACGUUAACCAUCGGUAAGACCUCUGUAUCAGUGAAACCAAAUGCAGUUCAAUAUAAAUUGCAGUAUACAACUCCGGCAAGCAACGCUGAACUGAUUGUCUUCACCACUCCUAAGCUGACAAGUGUUUGGGUGGAUGGCCAUCUCGCGAUAGAAGUGCAAGAAAGCAACUCGAAGUUCAACAACGAAGCUGUUUCUUUACAGGCCAGUGGAUCUGUUGGAAUCAAAGACCUGAUCAUAAUGGAAGACGCGGAGAUUCAAGUGUCCUACAUGAACCGAGAUUCGAAGCCAUUGCAGGAAAUCAUCCUGCUAGAUUCUAGCAACAUUCUAAUUCGUCAAAUGAUGUACGACGUUAUUGGACGAAAGGUGGCUGAGACAGUUUGGGUUCAGAAGUCUUUGGAGGACCGUUCGACCACAUUCAGAGCACUGCAAUAUCAUGAAGACUUCGUUACAAACGAUAAUUCUUCGAGUGUGGAUUACUUUCUGAAUACAGGCCCGAUGCAAGGACACGUGGAAACGACCAAAAGUAUGUACGAAAAUUAUCCAUAUUCGCAGACAGUGUAUUACAAUAACCCCUUGGAAAUUCGUAAAAAGGUCGGGCAGCCUGGUGUAAAGAACUCCGUGAAAGGAGAUUUUGCUCAUCAAUAUGCAAUCGCGUCCGAUCUUCCCUUCAUUCAAAAACACUACCCGAAGAGUGAAGGCUUCCGCCAAGAGGAAGAGAAGUCUCCCAAUGGAAAGAAACAUGUGGUGGUCUACAACCGCAGGAACAAAAAGGUCGCGGAGUACACCCAGGUCAAGGACUACAACAACAUUCUAACCACAUAUGUCUACGACGAGCACGGAAAUCAGAUCCAAAUGCUACCGCCAAGCUACUACAAUGAACAAUCAAAAUCCGGAAACUACCAACCGGAAAAACAAGUUGUUGUCUCCCCUUGGGCGGUGAACUCCAAGUACGAUUCCACUGGGGAACUUAUCACUUCCAAGGAAACUCCCGACGGCGGUCGGGUGGAGUUCAUCUACAACGAGUACAAUCAACUCCGCUAUCAGAUCCACUAUGCGGAGAACAAAAAGGCAGAUAAGAUCGUGUAUUUUGUGUACAACAUUUUCGGAAGGGUAUGCGAAGCCGGACAAGUUCCUGCUAAUCCUACCACCGAGCAGCAGGUUAAGGAGACAACGAAAUCUCACCAAGCCAUACCACAACGGGAUCAGGCAGUGUACUUGGACUAUGGAGAAACUGAAUCGGAACCUUCGCUCAGAGGGCGAAUCCAACGUACGGUUAAACAGAACAAGGAAGUCCUGUUCAGUGAGGUGUUGUACUUCGACGAAGAGAGCAACGUCAUACGGAAGAGUUACAUCAGUCCGACGACAAACGAAACAUUGUCAAUUGAGUAUUUACAGGAAAACGAUAAGGUUAGUGGAAUACAGUAUCCGUUUGGUGUGGAUGGAAAGCAACUGAUUCUGAAGUACAAGCACAACCUGAGAGGAGAAAUUGUAGAAGUUUCAAGGGUUGAUGAGAAGAGCAACGGCCAGAUUGAUUUUAUCCCAAUAGCUGGUAUAGAUCACGACGCGGAGGGAAAGGUUACCAAGAUAUCGCAUAAGUACGGAGACAAUAAGUUCGAUCAAAGUUACAAGUACGUGGCCCCUGGAUAUUUGGUGGAGAUCGCCAAUGACUUCCUCACCGAAAAACUGUACUAUACGGAGAAGGGCUACGGAUGCGAACCUACUGGGGACGGCAGCAUUCUUCGAACCGAAUUCCAAGCCAGUUGGCAUGAGAAGUGUGAUCAAAAUUUGAUCCCGCUGACAGCGAGGGCGUUCGUUUCCGGUGGAAUCGAUUUCAACACCGCAGAAUCUUGUUUCGACGCGUUGUUCAAUCUGGGUUACAUCGAUACGAGUGGCCGUCCACUUAAAACUUUCUACCCCGAUUUGGAGACAAGAAUACCACUGAAAUGUGCAACUCCUUCGAACUGGCGACACAUUUCGGAGAGAAUGCUGGAGCAGGGUUAUCCUGAGCAUUACGGACAUGCGUACGACUACGGUAGCCAUGGAGAGUUGAUUGCUGCUAAAAGUUUCGUUGGUCAGGAGAACGAUAACUUGGUUGUUCCUCUGUCGAAGAGGUCUUUUGAGAAAGCAGGGUUCAGCUCAGACCAGGAAUUGAAUAAAUUCUGGGAUAGUUUAAGAGAUAACAUCAACAAGGUUGAAGGAACUAGAGCGGUGUUUGAAGGACCGCAGCAGUUGUCAGCUGGGUCAAUUGGAUCGGUCAUUCAUAAAGCAAAACUGGAUACCUUACUGGGAAAUACAGUUGACGCUACCAUCUGUUCAUCUUGGGUAAAUGAGGACAAAGCAGAGGAAGACAAGUGUAAGAAAGAAUUUCAACCAGCAUUUGAUAAGCUCAACUUGAAGCAGAUCAUCCGAUCACUCCCAGACUCAGUGAGGAAGAAUGUUCUUGGCAUCCUGAAGAAUACCCUUGCUUCAGUUUUGGGCAAUUCACCGGGAGACGUGGAAUCAUUUUCAAUUGAUCCAAACGGAAACCAUGGCGUUUUCUACACCGGAUUCAAACGGUUUGAAUUGAAGUACAAAUCUCGGAAGAAUCAAAUAGAGUCGAUAAAAGAAGGCAUCAAACAGCAAGACAGGCAGAUAGUACAUGACGAUGAAGGCAACGUGAUCAAAGCGCUACACAAGAACAUCGACAAGAUCGAGUACGAUCCGUUGACUCAGCGUGUUUCUCGAAUCGAAAUGAGCAACAAAUCUCGUAUACUAGAGUUUGGUUACGAUUUCCGUGGUGAACGAACAUUGAAGCGUGUGCGCAACAAAGACAACGAUAUCAUUUCAGUGAACUACUACGUUCGAGAUAACAAGGGUAACGUCCUGGUAGAAUAUAAGCAAGAAUACCCCAACCCGAAGGAUACCAACAAGCCCAUCAAUACGGUCACAGCCUACAUUCAUGGGCCUCUAGGGCUUCUGGGAUUCUUCCGCAAUAACAAGUACUAUAACGUUCUUUUGGAUCACGAAGGAUCCACUCGAUUGGUCAUCAACAAUGGAAAGGUCGUUGCAUCAUAUGACUAUCUCCCAUACGGUCAGACGAUCCGAAAGUAUGGAUCCAACCCAGAGGCUCACAUAGCCUUCCGUUACACCGGUCAGGAGUUGGACGAAGAAACAGGCCUCUACAACUAUCAUGCUCGUCUCUACGAUCCGGAUAUUGGACGAUUCUUCCAAAUGGAUCCGAUGGAGCAGUACGCUAGUCCUUACAAAUACGCGGGAAAUUCCCCAGUCUCACAGAUUGAUCCGGAUGGUCAGAUUGCGGUGACCCUUGUUCUGAUGAUCGUUGGCGCAAUCGUUGGAGCCUAUUUGGGAGCUGCCUCCGCCAACAACAGCUGGAAUCCCGCCAAGUGGAAUUGGGCUGAUAAGAAGACGUGGAUUGGUCUGUUUGCUGGUGCCCUCAUGGGGGCAUUUACCGUUUACGGUGGAGCUGCUACGUUCAGCUAUUUCACUGCCAUGUUCGGAGGAUCCAUGAUUGCUGGAGCGUUGGCGACGGGAGUGAUUUCGGUGGCUGGUGCCUUCCUGGGAGCUGCUGCCGCAUCAAAUCAGUGGAACCCGGCCAAAUGGGACUGGACUUCACCCGCCGUAUGGAACGGACUUCUUACGGGAGCAUCCAUAGCUGUGAGCUUUCCGUCAGGUUUUGUUGGAAUCACACGAAGUUUCAUGUCGAUAACUACGAAUCUUGUGAGAACGAUUUAUGCUACACUUAUGUUCGGUGGUUUCCUGUUGUUUGUGUAUCUUGGUGGUGCUAUGGCGAACCAGUUCAACUUCCAAAUCUCUCAGUGGGACUGGAAGAGUCCAAGGACUUGGUUUGGUAUGAUUGAAGGAGCGUCUACUAUCUUCAUGGGCACUUCUGGAACUGCCAAGCAUGGAGCAAAGAAGUGGUACACCGUGGUGGAGCCCCAAGGGUUUAAGAUGCCAUGGCAUAGAGCUAACAUACCAACUAAGGCCUACACAAUUCGAAAGGUAAAAGAUACCAUUAUUUUAAAGUGGUAUAAAAAUGGUCAAUCUGUUAGCAAGCAGAUUUUGAAGGCCACAGUUAAAGCUGAUCUAGCCAAGAUUCCAAAAGAUUAUUUGACAACGCACAAAGCGUUCUUCAUGCCUUACCAGCGCAUCGCUUAUGCAGCUAUUGCAAUGCCGUCCAUGGCAGGUUUGAUGUUCCAAAAGUACCAAAACUUCUUUACCAACCAUCCGAAUGGAACAUUAACGAAACCUGUUAGACGAAAACGGUCCACAUCGACCGCCGCAAGUUCAGCUGCGACUCCCACCUUAUCAAGCUGUUUGAAUGAUCUCUUCGAAGCCACAUCAGAGCUUUUCAGUUCAUUCUUCUACAAAUCUGACCAUUCAGAAACAGAGUCGACCAAAUCUUUGUCCUUCGCUGAAUCAUGCCAAAAAACGCAAAACGAAUCGUUUGACAAUUCCAUCAAGAAGCUAUGCUACGCUCCCGAUAGUGAAGGCAAUCAGAUCAUUUGCCCGCAGCGUGAAUCUACCGUAAACGUCUUCUCAAAAUCUGCCACCUUCGACAAUCCGGAGGUAUUCGGACAGGAUUUGUUUAGCAAAUGUUUACCACUUACGUGGCACGAUCGGCCUUCUGUCGUCUGUGACGGGCAAGAUACCACCUUCAUCUACACACCGAUCCAGAGCCUGAGGGUAUUCGAUAUGGUUGAUGGUUGGUUGGUGCUUGCCCAAAUCGCUCCGGCUGCCAUGCGGAACUUGAAGUCGGGAUUGAGCUUCCUGAAAGAUGUGGUCUUCGGUGGGGACCAAGAGACAGUUACACCAGUGGAUGAUGAGGUGCACUGCAAAGAAGAUCUCAGAAUAAGACUGUCCGACUUGAAACAGUUGAUGGCGAAGCAGCCAACAAAAGAAGUGAGCUGGGCCCAGCCAAUUUUGAGCUAUUUAGAAGAAGAUAUUUACGAAUUUUUAGGCAGAGGAAAUCCUUCGGAGGGGGAGUUUGAAUUACUUCAAGAAAGGUUGAUUGCAUUGCGUGAAGACAUCACGGAAGUCUCGACCAAUGUUGUGCAUGAAAAUUAUUUGACUACACUUCUUGAAGGAAUGUUCAAGAAUUAUGAUGGUGCCAGUAGAUUGAAUGGAGAUGCUCGUCCAUUAUUUUCUUUACUUGAUGGUUUAACGCCAUUCGAGAGUAGCAAUUUGUUGGCUUAAAAAGAAUUUGAAGAUCUUGGUUAGGGUAUUGAUUUCUCAAGCAGCAAAUAAAAGUCCGAUUAGGUUUUGAAAGGUUUAACGAACCAUCAUAAAAACUCCGUUCGCAAAUUUACGUUUUAUUUUUAUUAUAUUUUAUUAGAGACACUUGAUCAUAUGAGUAUCAUUCGUGUUCAAGCAUUUUAUGAUGUCUUAGAAAACUUUUAUGAAUGUUGCUGUGCGUUUUUAUUUGUGCUAAAGUUGUUAUUUUCUUGUAAUAUAGUGACUUAGUAAUCUUUUAUGUUUAGAGAUAAAUCUACUUUGCCUAUUUUAAGUAUAGGCCAAAUAACUGAUUCAACAAUAAAUUAUUAUUAUGUCAUUGCCCAGUUAAUAAAACAACACUUAUGAUCUACAGUAAUGCCGUAAUCCGAAGAGUUAAUGGUUUUGAUAGCCUUUGUCAAUCACAUUAGUCGUGUGUUUCAUAAAAGUGUAAUAAAUUAGUUUAUUCGCUUGUAAGUGAUAAAAAGCUGUGAUGAAAAUUUAUUAAAUAAAAUUCUAUGAAAUCAUAA